GUGCUAGAACAAGAUGUGGUUCUGCAAUCUAUUGACAGAGCUAUUGAAGCCAUUCAUAACGAGGCAAUGAAGAAUGGAGGAAAAUACAACUUGGAACAGAGGGAUGUUCUUCAAAAGUUGAUCCAUCAUCGAAAGGAAACAGUCUCCCGCAAAGGCCAUUCACCGUCCACUCAAGGAAUUACUCCAUCCACUAGUGAUCACCAUCUGGACCUAGCCAGGCAACCCAAUGGUGUCUGCAGAACUGGAUAUGAACGACACCACAGUUUGCCUAACAAAGACAUCCAGGAGCAAGAAGGUGACCUUUACCAGAUUUCUGCACAGCCCUGCCGCACCACUCCUCUUAUUCCUCCCCCACCGGAGAAACGCAAGAAUGUUCAGACAACUGCGCCCAUUAAAAAUGCAAUUGGAAUCCCUUCUGGGUCAGUUUCUAGCACCUCUGCCGAAAGCACAACUUCCCUGGAUACCUUGUAUACGGGUUCAACAGAGUCAGGUCUCCCUACUGCUACACCCAGCCCCAGCAAUACUCCUCCCCCUGUUCCUAGCAGAAGUGCCAUCACCAUGGCAUCCUCCAGCUUAGAUAUUAGUCCUGUGGUGCAAAGAAAACAUGGGAGUGCAAGCAAAUCCCCCCAGACCAAAAGGGCUGCUCCACAGCCUCCUGCCCAAGUGGAGGUUUCAGAUGCAGGUGGUGAAAAGACCUCAGAAGCAGAGAAGACCACACCAGCCAUAUCUACAGGGAUAGAAAACAUUGAUUCUCUUUGCCUGGAAGAGAAGAAGGCAGCCAAUGUAGAGGAGGUGGAGCAAGAAUCACCUGGCUCGGUAACAACCGUGCCAAAGACAAUAGGGGCUGAGUUGAUUGAGUUGAUCCGCAGAAACACAAAUCUCAGCUAUGAGCUCUCCAGAGUUGCCAUAGGGGUAGUAAUUGGGCACAUUCAGACUUCUGUUCCAGCCCUUAAUAGCAUCAUGGAGCAGAUUCUCAUCUCACUGGUAGAAAGCAAGGAUCUCUGUUCAGGUUUGCCUUCUGGUCAAAUUUGCCAUGAUGAAGAGAGACUGAAGGUGAUAUUUACAGAUCUGGCCCGGCACAAAGAUGAUGCCCAACAGCGGAGUUGGGCCCUCUAUGAAGAUGAAAAUGUCAUUUGCUGUUACUUGGAGGAACUGCUUCAGAUUCUGACAGAUGCAGAUCCAGAAGUAUGCAAGAAGAUGUGCAGGAGGAACGAGUUUGAAUCAGUAUUAUCUCUUGUGACAUAUUACCAGAUGGAACACAGAGUUCCAUUACGCCUGCUGCUUCUGAAAUGUUUUGGAGCAAUGUGUAAUUUGGAUGCUGCUAUUAUUUCUGCUCUGGUUAAUUCUGUUCUGCCAAUGGAGCUAGCCCGUGAUAUGCAAACUCAUACCCAAGACCAUCAGAAGAUGUGUUACUCUGCACUGGUGCUGGCAAUGAUAUUUUGUAUGGGAGAACCUCUACCGUACCAUCACUAUGAGCAUCUCAAUUCCCAAUUUAUUCAGUUCCUAUUACAUGUGAUUGAAGAUGGAUUGCCCUCAGAUAGUACAGACCAGCUGCCUGAUCUGUUCAUUAAUGUUCUUCUGGCUUUUAAUCUUCACAUUCCAGUUCCAGAGCAUAAUGUGAUCAUGGUUACUGUGAAGAAGCACUCUAAUAUCAAAACAUUUACAGAAAAGCUGCUACUGCUUCUGAAUCGUGGAGAUGAUCCUAUAUGCAUCUUUAAACAUCAGCCCCAGCCUCCACAUUCUGUGUUGAAAUUUCUUCAAGACAUCUUUGCUUGCAAGGACACAGCGAGCAUCUUCUACCACACAGACAUGAUGGUAAUGAUUGACAUAAUUGUGCGACAGAUUUCGGAUCUCUCCCCUGGAGAAAAGCUGCGAAUGGAGUACCUGUCUCUGAUGCACGCUAUCAUGCGGACUACCCCAUACCUGCAGCAUAAACACCGUGUAACUGACCUGCAGGGGACCUUGCAGCGCAUCAUGGUGGAAGCAGAAGACAGUCAGCAGUGCCAGAUGGACAAAAUGAUAAUCCAAGAGAUUUAUAAAGCGUUUCCAGAGAUAGCUCCGGGAGCCAGCUAAUUGAUUGAAGGGAAGAAUAGUGUGGAAUAGAAAUACCUUUUGUGGCUAUGUCUUUCCCAUUCUUCCCACUAGAGCUCCUGCCUUAUUAGACCUUCAAUUGAGCCCUGGAGUUUCGAGGGUGUAUUAAAAGGCCCAACAAAGGAAGGUUCCACAUAGAUGCCCACUAACGGGAAGUGCAUUAAAGAUGGCCUUUCUAGGUCUGUGACUGGGGCUGGGGGAGACUUUACAGAUUAGAGGGGGAUUUGGCUUUUUAGGUGCCAUUGGCAUGAUUUGAUUGAAAGCAGGAGAAUAUUAUUAUUAUCUCCCUGGUGAUCUUUGCACUAAAAAAAGGACAAGGGUGAUCUAAAUAACUUCAUGCUGUCCUUAGGAUCGCAAAACAAGAAGUCUCUGUCAUAAUUGUCUCUCCACGCAUUUGUUGUCCCGCAGCUAGCUACAAAGUGAAGUAGGCGAAUGAUCUGAACAACAUGCUUCAGUAAUUUUGUGUCUGCAACAUCUAGUGCAAAGUUGCUACUGUGCUAGUGAAGGAGAAACUAGUUGCUUCGCCUGAUGUGCCCAGUGAGUUUUCUGAUCCAUAUAUACCUGUAUGGGUUCAACGUGCCAAACUGCAUUCAUGACCCUAAUCCGAGCAAGCACCCGCUCGUCUUAAACGCUUAACGCAGUAGUGUUUACGUUUUGAGUUACUUGCCCAAGGACAAGAAUACUGAUUCUCCAGGCACUGCAGCAAGAGAUCCUUCAAAAAGCCUGCUACUUAGUCUCACCGUUAAGGCGUACCCUCUUUGAAAAACAUUGCUUCUUUCCUGGUAUGUGCCGCUUUUUUGCCUUUGGCACUGCACAUAUGAGGAGUGUGUGUAAAUGGCAACGCACAGUGCGCUAUCAGCCUGCGGGUGUUUUUUGCCUUGAGCUUAGUAGCAAUUGGUUCUGCCUAGCUUUAUCUUUUUUAUGUUCGAAAAGCUACCUGAGCCUGAUGUCUGCUACCGCUACUCCUUAAUAUGCACAAGUUGGGAGAAGUCUUCUUUAUCUAAUUCCUCCAGAUCUGCUGCGAAAUGGAUUUGCCCCCUUUCCCACUGAGAGCCUUUGACAGACUAGGGCUGCACUAUCUCAAUAAACAUGCAUGCUGCCACAGCUCUUCAUAGUGGGUAAAUAAGAGCUUUGUAACUGUUGCUGUAGUAGUAGCCUGAAUUUAAACUGGAAACAUUGGAUAACCUCUGUAAAUCUAAUGGAUGCAGGAGUAAAUUUGAAACAGUUCCUUAGAAAAAGGCAUUUAUUUGACAACGAUUUCCAUCUAGGGAGCCUCUGCCAUUUUCUGUCUUUCAAGUAGAGAUAUAUAUAUAUAUAUCCCUUGUGAAUGUUGAAAGGGACUUGUAUUUUCAUAGAAUCAAAUUCCUUGUGAAUGUUGAAAGGGACUUGUAUUUUCAUAGAAUCAAAUAAAUGUAGUCCACAGAGAAAAACA